CGAGCGGGGCGGGCGGGGAUGUAGCGCUCAGCACCGCGGAGAGCGGCGGGGCCCGGGGGCCGCGCGGGCGGGGGCCAUGGCCAGCGUGCAGCAGGGCGAGAAGCAGCUCUUCGAGAAGUUCUGGCGAGGCACCUUCAAAGCCGUUGCCACCCCACGACCCGAGAGCAUCAUUGUGGCCAGCAUCACGGCCCGCAAGCCGCUGUCUAGCGGGACGCUCAGCUGCCUGCCGUACCCUGCAGAGGACAGAUGUGCUGAAAAGCUGAGUGGCCGUGCAGUCAAGGAGGCCUCCACCACCAACGGCUGUGCGAAAGGGAAGGAGAGGCAAGACCAUGCUCACUGCAGGUCGCGCAGCCCCUCAUGCGAUGGGGAGCGUGCACCACCGCCAGCCCGGGGGAAGAAGAAGAAGAAGAAAUCCAGCCGCAAGAAGCGAAGGAGGUCUCCCUCAUACAGCCCCUCGCCUGUGAAGAAGAAGAAGAAGAAAAGCUCCAAGAAGCGAAAAAGAAACAGGUUAUCCUCAAAGAAGAGAAGACACAGUUCUUCAAGCCCCAAAAGUAAGAGAAAGGAAGAAAGAAAACACAAAAAACACUCACGUGGGCGUGCCCGGAAAUCUCAUCGCCGUCACCACUGCCACUCUCGCUCAGAGAGCUCAGACUCCCAUUCCCCCAGCUGCCGAAGCAGGCACAGAGCCAGGUCUCGGGAGGAAGGGCAUAAAGCACAGCGAAGACACUCCCGGUACCGUUCAAAGAUCGUGGCAAAGCGAAGCUCCUCUUCAGAGGUUCAGGCCAGCCAAAAAGCCAGCCAAACCCUUCCGCUCUACAGCUUCCUGUCUCCUAAGGAAGUAAUCUCUCAGUCAGGGUCUUCUGCUGACCUCUUUACCAAAACAGACAGCUCGCCUGGCAACCUAGCCAGCCAGAAUGGAGAGUAUCAUGAAUAUGACUCAGGAAACGAUACUUCCUCCCCUCCCUCCACUCAAACGAGCUCAUCCAGGUCAAAGGACAGCCAGGAGAAAAGAAGUCUAGUCCAUGAUGGCUUUGGCCAUGCCUUCUCGUCCGGGAAGCCCAAACUGGCCAACAGCGAUAACAGCUCUGAUUCAGGAAAUUCCUUCACCAGUUGCUUUUCCCAGACCAAGGGAACAGCUUUGGAAAAUCUGUCUCCAGAUGCCCAGGGACAAGACCGAAGAGGGUGCCUGUCCUUGUGUCUCAGCUGCUCGGAGGAGAAGAAGCAAAACUUCCUCCCGUCCCCAACGCCCAGCUCCCUGCUGAGGCCGUGCUCCCGCAGUGAGUCGUACACCAGCACAGGCAGAUCCUCCCCUGGCUCCAGUCGCUCCCGCUCCUCACACCGCAAGGCCUCUCCCAGGUACUCCCGAAGUAGGUCCUGCUCUUCAGAAAAGAGCAGGUCGUCUUCAAGUUCCCCCAGCUAUUCCUCCAAAUCCUGCAAAAAAAGUCCUGGGAGCAGGAGUUCAAGACCUCGUCGGAGCCCCAGUUACUCCCACUACAGCCGUAGCAGAGACCGUGAGCGAGAGCACAAGUACAGCUCCAGCGAGAAGGAGUCGCACAGGGAGCGUGACCGGCAGCAGCGGCGACGGUCCUAUUCACCUCUGAGGAAACGCAGGAGAGACUCUCCCAGCCACCUUGAAGCUCGGCGUAUUACGAGUGCCCGCAAACGCCCCAUCCCCUACUACCGUCCCAGUCCCUCCUCCAGCAGUGCCAGCAGCUACUCCUCCUGGUACAGCAGCUUUAGCCGCUCCCCAAGCCGGAGCCGGAGCUACUCCAGCUACCGGACAAGCCGAAGCCGAAGCUGGAGCAGCAGCAGCACCGAGGGCAGGAGCCGCAGCCGGAGUUCAGGCCCCAGGAGCAGCCGCAGCAGGAGCAGGAGCUAUGACUCAGGAGGCAGCUCCAACAGCCUGCGUCGCUAGGGAGUGCCGCUGACGGCUUACGUGCCAUGCAGGUGUCACUUCUAAAUUCCUGGCAUUCUCCGCUUCCUUCCCACCUACCUGGCCAUCGUUAGCAAUCAUCCCUGAUACUGAUGUGGCAGUGCCGGGUCCCCCUUCCCCGGUUCAAAGUAAGAGCCCUCCUGUGCCUGGUGCAGUCCCUUUACCACCUGUCAGAGUGGGUGGAUCGGUCCCAGCUCCCCAGGCCAGGGCUUGGAAGAAAGGUUGGUGCUUUACAGAGGGCCUGCUAUGACAGACCUGCGCCAUCCUCCCAUCUCCCCAUCGCUGCUGCUCUCCAAAGCACUACCAGCUGCUCCAAAGGAAAGAAUUCAGCUCCUUGCUGUUCUGCCAAACCAGGAACCAAGAAAUUAAUUUCUUUUGGAGGGAGACACCCAGUUAGGUAGGAAUUUGCUGGGAAGCUUUGGUGAUGAGUGGGGGUGACCUGUCCCCCCCAAGGCAAAUAUCAAGUCCCUUGGGUCUCUCCUCCAGAAUUUCUGCCCACUCUGCAGCAGGCCUCUUCCAUGAGAGAAUGUUUAUUUAUUGCAGGUCAGCCAGUCCCUGCUAUAAAUAGAAGGCUAGAAAUCCCUCCUGACGUAAUUCCUGAGGGAAAAACGGCCAUUCCCUCUCUUUCUCCCACCCUUUCUACUAAGUACCAAUCGUCUUUCUCAGGGUGGUUUUAUCCCCCCCCCCCCCCCCUCCAGCACUGUGGCUUGUUUGCAAACAAACUGCUGCGAUCUGAAGCAGACUCGGGGCUGGUGGCGUACAAGGGAGAGGGGAGCUGGCGUCAUGCUGUGCUCCGAGGGCCAGGUGACAGUAUGGGGGCAGGGGCCGUGGGGUUCCCUUCUGGGAGGAGCCCUCUUGCAGUUUGUGUUUAGGUUUUUCUAAAGGGAGCCUUGCCCUUGGAGCGCAAUGCUGGUGGGACUGUGAGGAGAUACGGAGGUAGCCACACUCUGCGGUGUAGUGAGAGCACGCAGCAUUAAAAGGCCAUUGCACAAGACGAGGGACCCCAAUCCCCCUUCCUCAUAACAGGCAGCAGUUUUCCAGGAGGAUUUCAGGAAAUCAUUUCUGCUUGAGACCCUCAGGCUCCCCUGAAGGCAGCAUUGGCAGGCGCAGCAGCCCCGUCACCUGGCCGGUGCCAAGCUGCAGCAGGGUACACUUGCACCACAGUUUGUUGCUGGGAGGACAGAGCAGUGCAGGGGGACAGAAAGGGCCCCCCACUAAUUGCCUGUUUUUCCAAGGAGCCGCAGGCAGCGGCAGGAGGGCCCUGCCUGCCUGGGCAGCCCUGGGGCUUUGUCUCCCUGCUGGGCCUGCCAGCCCAGCUGCCUGCGCAAUUACUGUGUUUUGCAGGGUAACAAAGGCUUCUCCCGGCACAGGCUGAGCUGGUGCUGAGGAGUUUCUUUCUCUUACAACACCUGGGUGCUAAGAGACGCUAAUUUGGGUUUAAGACUUCCCUCCCUCCCUUUUUCCAUCCCCUCCCCUUCCAUCCUGCAUGAUUAUUAACAAGUUUGGGCUUAAUGAGUCAAGGAGGUGUGUCGUUUAAGUGUCACAGAAAAAGGCUAAGUGGAGCCAGCAUCUGCUGGAGGAGGAGAGAGGACAGAAGGAAGUACAACCCUCCCUGGCUAAAGAGUUACCUGCAGCCCCCCUCAUGCUGCUGGCAGCAGGUGAAGGGGCAAAGCCAGAAGCAGAAGGCUGAGUGCCGUGCAGUGUUCUGGGGGAGCUGGAUGAUGGCCUUAGCAAGCAUAUAAACCUGUUAUCUGCUGGAAGGUACAGCAGUGUGGGGUGUAUUUCCAUCUGGGUGGUACGAGGGAAAGGUUAAUGCCAGUGAUCCCUUUUUCCCAAUAUUCUUCCUACUGCUGGUCUCCCUUGUCCUGUGCCUUCAGCCCCCAAAGCCCCCCCUUUUCCCAGUCCCUCAUCCCUUGCCUUGCUGUCUGCAGGUAAUUUGAGGAUAACGGUGGUCGAGGCAGAGCGCUGGGCGCUGGUGUGGUCAGUGGCUCGGUGGGGACGUGUGCCUGUCUACAGGGAGGCCACCUCGUACAAGAGAGAAAAGCAUUCCUGGUCAAGCUGAGCAGACGCUGUAGGGCUGUGGCUGAGGGAUCAAAGAUGGGGUGAUCUUGCAGUGGGGUGCCACUGCCUUCCCUCCUGCACUGGCCCGGGCAGUGGCCCCAUAGCCAUCUUCUGCAGUGAGCUGCCUUCUUGUAAAGGGCUGGCAACUUCACAUUUCUUCCCCAAAGACUCUCUCCCCAUUUGACAUUGAAACGCCCCAUCCUCCUACUCCCUGGGAUGACCCGAAGGCCAUGGUGGGAGCCCAAACCCCAGAUCUACCAGUGUUUCAAGAGCAGCCUCAUGCCCCUUAACACCCCCUAACGCACACGUGCGUCUGUAGCAAGGAAGCAGUGAGCCAGGAGGUCGAAAACUAUGAGAGAAGAGUGGCUUUGUGCAACUGGUGUAAAUAUUAGACACAACGCUGACUUGAGUUCCUCAUGGCUGGGGACGGAUGAUUGAAGGACCGCAUCAGGGUCAGCAGCACCUGCCGACCGUGGGACAGGAGAUGACUCUGAGUGUUGCAUGAGGCUGAUGGCGGCUCUCGUACCCGUCUAGCUGAUCUUUGCUUCAAGGACUGCCUCUGCUCGUACAGUCCGUGCCAGCUAAACGCUCCUGGGGUUUCCUGAGCAGACUUGUGUUGGAGUAAACCUCUUAAAUUAUUUAUUUAUUUAUUUAUUUAUUAUUAUUAUUCUAUUUUUAAUUGUAUGUCAGAAUGGAUGCAAGUGGUCACUGUUACUAGUAUUUAUUCUUUUCUUUUUUUUUCUUUUUUUUUUUCUUUUUUUUUUUAACCAAUUAGUUAUUUUUGGAUCUCUUUGUUUGAAUGUAUCCAUGCCACUGUUCUCAUGUAAAGGUUUACAGCGCCGGUCCCUCUUGGUGAGGUGGCUGGAGGAGUGACGGUCACUCCUACUGCCAGUGUGUCCCUCUGCACUCUCUGGAGCAGGGCAGAGAGUUGCAAUGGACAGAGGGAUGCAGGGCAGAGCUGUUUGUCUGUUUUCAUCUUAAAAUCUAGGGUUUCCCAUUAGAUUUGCGCAGGAACGUGAUGGAUGUGACCGUAGAAGCGGGUCUAGGACCUUAUGGAGAUGACGGCGAGGGUCUGCUCGCUGGCCAGCCGAGUGACAGGGUGUUUGCAGUGCUGCAAGGGGAAGUCUCGCCCCGGUCCGUGCUCGUGCUGGCUGGGUGCCAGCUGGCUGCCGUUGCUGUUUCCCUUGGCUCCGCAGCCAGCACACAACCCGAAACCGAACUGCUCUGCACAGGCACCGCUGGUUUCCCUGGGAGGAUGCCGUCGCUAGGACUCCCCUGCCAUGUUUGUCCCUGCGCAAUGACCCACCCAUGGAAAAACUAAGGAAAUGAGACCGUGAGAGAGUGAUCUGUACUGAAGAUGCUUGCAAAAUCCAGCCUCUGGUGACAGGACCUAACCAAGUCUGUGUGUGUAUGUGUACGUACGUGUAAGUGCGUGUAUAUGUGCAUAUACAUAUGAGUUUCCCUCAGUGGUGGUAUUUAUUUUUUAACUUAUUUAAGAUCUUUAGUACAACUUGGAACAUCACCCUUCCCAUCAGUGGACAACUGGGUUUUCUGUUGGUUUGCGUGAAGCCCGUGAGCUUUUCUGUCUCUGUGCCUUUUGCCAGCGCUUUUUUUAAAUUCUGUGUUGUUUGGCUCAUUCAUUGCUGUUACGGAUUUUUGCUCUGCGUUGGGCAUCUCAGAUUGCUGCUGGUGCUCUCUGCAAAGGGCAGUGUUCGCCUGGUGGAAAAGCAACUCUGUCAUUUCGGUGUUGGUGAAUCACUGCUUGCCUGCAGUUGGCCGCUUGAGGGAUGCCCGGGGUGGUCACAGCCUCAAGGCUUCAGGAAAAUAACUUGGCCAUUUUUUGGAGGCCGUGUCUCAGAGGGCUUUGCUUUGCUCAAACACAGAGGCUCCUUCUCACCCACAAUUUUGUUUCCAUCCCACAAGCGCCCCAGUUGCCUUUCCCCAGCAGAGUGCACGCCGCCGCACCCACUCCCAAAUGUCCCCCUGACCCCAGAGUCAUGCUGUCGGCUCUCCCUGCUCCCUGGACCUGCCUUGGCUCUGGGUGUCACACGAAGCAAAGUUGUCCCACCCCCCCAACCCCAACGCUGGGGCCAGGCUCCAGAAAACCCAGCACAAUCUCUGCAGGUUUGCUGGAAAGCAAAGAUAAGGGAUAUCUCAAAGCACUGUUGCGUUCUUUCUUUUCUUCCUGGGUUGUAGCACUCAGCUGUGCUUUGCUUUGUGUUCACUGUAUUUUUUCUCAAUGUUUUUGUUAUUUUCGGGGACUGAAUUUGUACCAAACUUGUCUGCAACAGCCAAUCACUGUUAUUUUGCUAUGCAUUGUACGUAUAUUGAACAGGCUGAGAGGACUUAGCCUCUAUUUAAUAUUUAUUUCUUCUAUUUAUUGAGCGUUACUUUAAAAAAAGCUAUUUGGGUCUUGCCAUUGAGUCCACGAAGGUAGGAGCCUUUGAGGUGUUGCCGUAUGUGUUGGAGAGAGGUUAUCAGAGAGGUGAAUUACUGAGGCUGUCACCUGCCAGCAUGGAGGCAUCUGGCAGACAAAUUAGGCUCAUUUGGAACUCAACUGCCAGUGAUUUAGGGAGGAACCUCGUUUAGAUGGAGAUGAGCGAGGCAGGGGGAAAUUCUUCAUCUUGGACCAGCUUCUAUUGACAAAUCACAACCCCCUGGAAAGGUGCUGGUGUUCGGAGGUGACAGGCCAGCUGUGGCAGAGGAAAGAACCUGCUUUUCCUCCUCGGUACCACACAGGGCUGCUUGGAUCACCAAAGAUCCCCGGAGAUCUCUGAUCUCCCACUGCUGACCCACUCUUGGCUCUCAAUGGUUGUUGGGGGAAGGGGGGACUUGUAGCCCUUUCAUCGAUGCGAGGAAGGGGAUGCGGUUGAAGUGACUUGCCCAUGGUCUCUACCAGGAAGCAAGGAUGUCCACCCUGCUCCAUCCUGAGGCCCUCAUCCUUGUGUCAUGUCCUACUUUGCCCCCUUCGCCAAGCUUUGUGCCAGAACCAGUAGCUUUGCCUGGAUGUGAACUUGGGAAAGGUGGCCAGGGCAAAACUGGGAAGGUCUCUCCUGUCAUCUCCGACAUGAUCCGGACCUUGCUGCAGGCAUCCUUCCUCAGCUUUGAAAAAAGCACGGGAUGUGCUAAAAAUCACCACCUGCCCCAGUGCCACUCCACCAGCGCCGCAGCCGUUGGCCUCUGCACCCGAGUGGGAGGUGUUGGUGCUCCACGGGCUGGCGGAGGGUAGACGUGCCUCUGGCAUCGACCGGCGUGUGCCCAUCCUGCCGGGCGCUCAGCCUUGGGGCAAUCAGGAUAUUUGUUUGAGAAAGGGAUGGAUUCAGGUGCCUAAGUGAAGACUCUGCCCUUUAGUGUCCAGUGGGGGUUUAUUACCUCUUUACCAGAGAACAAUUCUCAUGACUUUUGCUGCUACCUGGAAGUUUGCACAUGAUUGGGAGGGUCUCCGAAGCACUGGUAAAUCUGCUGUUGUAGCAACAGCUUCAUGGUCAAGCAUCCUGACUUUGGGGCUGUUGCCUAGAGAUCAACACCCUGAACCUCACCAGCCCGGGGGCAGCUCUCCGCCUUCGAAACCCAGGGGAUGAGAAGAAGGUUUAGAACAAAAGCCAGGACGUGAGAAAAGCCACGAGGGAAACAGCGUCUCAGUUUUCUCACCUGGUGGUUAAUUCCUUACCAAAUGACACCGGCGCAUCUGUUCAUUUGACUUCGUUGUAAAACUCCCUUUGCUCUCCAUCGAAAUGCAUACUGUACUCUUUAGUCUUCCUGGGGUGUUUGAGUUGUUAGCCUGGUUAGAAAAAGGGUUCCAAUAAAGGUUCGGACAGUAUUUCCUUCUCA